AGCAGCUCCCAGUCCGAGUCGGGACUGGAUUCUGGAAGUUGGAGGACGUCAAACAGGACAGAGGAGACUGUCCAGCCCUCAGAGGAGAGCAGCAGAGGCGGCGCGCGGCGCUCACUCCCAUCACACACCAAAAUAAAGUCUGGAACUAAAACUGUUUUGCGCGUUUUUAACAUGUUUCCGCGCGUAAAGACGCACUGAGACCAGGCUUCAGGAAGGCAGCAUCUGCUGAAGAAGAGGAGGAAGAUGUUACCCAGAAAGAGCAUCAUCCCGGAGGAGUUCGGGGUGCCGGGUUUCGCCUCCCGGCUGCCCAGGAAGCCGGUGUUCCGCGACCGCGUCAACAAGGCGCGCUUCAUCGCCAAGAAUGGCUCCUGCAACCUGGCGCACAAGAACAUCCGCGAGCAGGGCCGCUUCCUGCAGGACGUCUUCACCACGCUGGUGGACCUGAAAUGGCGCUUCACGCUCGUCAUCUUCACCACCACUUUUGUGAGCAGCUGGCUGCUGUUCGCCAUGAGCUGGUGGCUGGUGGCCUUUGCGCACGGAGACAUGGACCCGGAGCGGCAGAACGAGACCCACUGCGUCACCGACGUCAAGUCGUUCAUCUCAGCCUUCCUGUUCUCCAUUGAGGUUCAGGUGACCAUCGGCUUCGGAGGACGCAUGAUAACAGAGCACUGUCCGGCCGCCAUUACUGUCCUCAUCCUGCAGAACAUAGUGGGACUUAUCAUUAACGCCGUCAUGCUGGGUUGUAUCUUUAUGAAGACGGCUCAGUCCAACCGCCGAGCAGAGACCUUAAUCUUCAGCCGCCAUGCCGUUAUUGCUGUGAGGAACAACCGUCUGUGCUUCAUGAUUCGCAUCGGCGAUCUGAGGAAGAGCAUGAUCAUAGGAGCGACUGUCAGGCUACAGGUGGUAAAGAAGACGACCACGCCUGAAGGGGAGGUGAUUCCCAUCCAUCAGAUCGAUGUUCAGACGGAGAGCGCCGUGGCCAGCAACAGCCUGUUCCUCCUCGCCCCGCUCAUCAUCUGCCACAUCAUCGAUAAAGACAGCCCGCUGUACGACCUGUCAGCCAUGGAGCUGCAGUGCAGCGACCUGGAGGUGAUCGUCAUUCUAGAGGGCGUUGUGGAGACCACAGGCAUCACCACCCAAGCCCGGACCUCCUACGUGUCUGAGGAGAUCCAGUGGGGUCACCGCUUUGUUCCCAUCGUCACGGAGGAGGAGGGUGUGUACUCGGUGGACUACUCCAAGUUUGGCAACACGGUCAAAGUGAACACGCCAAGCUGCAGCGCCCGGGAGCUGGACGAGAAGCCCUACAUCCUGAUCCAGACCCUGCAGAAAAGCGAGCUGUCCCACCAGAACUCGCUGAGGAAGCGUAACUCCAUGAGACGCAACAACUCCAUGAGGAAAGGCGGUGGGAGCAGCGGGAGCCUCCGCAGGAACAACUCCGGCCUCAUUCCACCCAAAGUCCAGUUCUUCACCCCGACAGAGUCGGGCCACAACCUGAACGCCGUCACCUGACAUGAGGCCCUCCUCGUGGAGGCAACUCUGCUCCUCCUGUUAGGGACCAGGACUGUAGCAGCAUCCGUUUCUCUUCUUCUUCUGCUCCCAGCCUUUACUCCACUCCUGUCUCGGUGCUUUUCUUCUUCUUCUUAUCUUCUCUAGCAGGACUGACACACCCAUUACUUUAUGGGCCGUUUUUUCUCUCAGAACAAAAACACCUGAACAGCAUCAUGCAGCACUUUAAGUUGGUAAUAAAUAAUUAGUGAAGGCAGUCAUUGAAAGGUAGAAACCUCUGCUGAUAAAGGCUCGUUCCAGAUGAUUUCUGCUCCUCUGACAUCAGCAAACAUCUGCUCUAGAGGCCAGACGUGAAGGAACUUGCUUGGUUACAACCAAUCACUGAUCUGUGUUCUUUUGGUUGGUUAAUAAAAUCAUGCACCUGUU